CAGUGCUUAGAACAGGUAAUCGCAAGUUACAUUUAAGGUCCAUCUGACCAUCUCCACCAAGUCCUAAAAAAGGGGUCCAUUUCCAACUCAUAAAUUUUACGAGAAAUGUUACAAUUCCUUUAUCUGCUCUGUUUAUAAUUUUAUCUCCUCUUCAUUCAGGUUUCGCACCGAAGAGUUGCAGAGAGUCCUAGUACAUCACAUGAGGAACAAGGACAGAGCAAUGCUGGACACCAUUAGCCAGGCAGUCCUACGCCCAUCAGGCCAUCACAUCCCAGUUCCCAGCUUCCAGCUGUGGUUGAUCAGCGAGAAGAGAGAGCAUCUACUAGUCGCCUUGCAGCACAGCACACACGGAGAGACAGGGAUGGAGGAGAUCAAUCAAUGCAUUACCGGCCGAGCUGAUCACCUCUCCCCUCCGGCCACUCCCCCACCGUCCCGUUCCUCUCACAAGAAUCACUCCUGCUCCCUCAGAUCUCUCUCGAGCAAAACAGGCAAAGCUUUACCCCGGGUAAGGUUACGGGCAGCCAUGAGGCGGCGGCCACCUUUCCAUUCCCGUGCCGCCGCCGCCGCUGCCGUGCUCCUGCUGCUGCUGCUGUCCCCCGCCCCGACCUCCCAGCUCGGUCUCGGCUCCGCCAUUGCCGCCUGGAUCAACGGCGCGCCGCCGCCGUCUCCUAGCCCUCCUGCCGCCUCGUCCUCCUCGGCCGCGCCGAGCCAGCAGGAGUACACGGCGCUGCAGGCGCUGAAGGCGGCCGUCACCGAGGACCCCCGCGGCGCGCUGUCGUCGUGGCAGGGCGCCAAUGUCUGCGCCUACCGUGGCGUCUACUGCUCCGCGCCGCCCGACGGCGCCGCGGCCGCGGGAGCGCCCACGGUGGUCGCGGGGAUCGACCUCAACCGCGCCGGCCUCAGGGGCGCGCUCCCCGAGGCGGUCUCCCUCCUGGCGCACCUCACGUUCCUCCACCUCAACAGCAACCGCCUGGGCGGCGCCGUCCCGGACUCGCUCCGGGACCUGCAGUACCUCACGGAGCUGGACCUCAGCAACAACCUCUUCUCGGGCCCGUUCCCGGCGUCCACGCUGCUCAUCCCGUCGCUGGUGUACCUGGACCUCCGCUUCAACGCGUUCUCCGGGGAGCUCCCACCCGAGGUCUUCGCCAAGGACCUCGACGCCUUGUUCCUCAACGACAACCAGUUCGAGGGCCAGAUCCCGGAGACGCUGUGGUCGUCGCCCGCCACGGUCAUCACGCUCGCCAACAACCGCUUCACGGGCCCCGUCCCGGCCGCCUACGGGUACGGCGCCGGCGGCCGCGUCCGCGAGGUGCUGUUCCUGAACAACAACCUCACCGGCUGCGUGCCCGAGGCGCUGGGGUUCCUGCCCAGCAUCCAGGUACUGGACCUCAGCUACAACGCGCUGUCCGGCCACCUCCCCGGCACGCUGUCGUGCCUGUCCGGGAUCGAGGUGCUCAACGUGGCGCACAACCAGCUGACGGGGGAGCUCCCGGACCUGCUGUGCGACCUGCGGCGGAUCACGAACCUGUCGGUGUCGUUCAACUUCUUCUCCGGGAUCAGCCAGCGGUGCGACCGGCAGCUGGGGAGCCACGGCGUGUUCGACUUCGUGGGCAACUGCGUGCCCGGGCGGGACAUGCAGCGGCCGCAGCCCGAGUGCGAGGGGUUCCCGGGGGAGGGCGGGCUCAGCUGCCUCCGCAUCCCCGGGGCGCGCCCCACCGGGUGCGGCGGCGACGCGGCCGUGUCCGUGGGCGUGGGCGUGGGCGUCGGCGUCGGCGUCGGGGGCCUGCCGUUCGGGCUGCCAGGCGCCGCCGCCGGGGCCGGGGGCGCGGCCACCGUCACCGUGCCCUGAUCGGUGCCGCUGCAGGCCGGCGGCUGGCAUUGCUUCUUCUUCCUUUCCUUUUCUUCUUCUUUUUAUGAGGCAAUUUAGCCUCGAUCGGCUUGGCGUAUCGCAUCUGAUCGUUAAUUACAUGGCGGCGGUAACGGGUGAAUAUUGGUUGGUCGGCUCUUGGCUGGUUAAUACUAGUAUAAUUAAUCUUGCCAUUCUGUUCUGUAUGCAUGAUCAACAGUUAACAGUGUCUGUCGCGUGCCAUGCCCAUGCUUUCUCCUCGCCCAU